GGAGGAGGCGGCGUCGGUGGGCGUGAGGCGCGUCGGUGCGGCACGAGUGGCUGCUGUUGGGCAGUAGAGUGACACAAAGAGAGAAAGAGAGAGAGAGGCUGGCACGGGCAGGUCGGGAAAGCCAGGGCGCAAGGGGUUAACCAUUGCUGCUGCUUCCCUCUGGGGAAGGGCGCGCGCGUGCGGGUGGAGGAGCGAGGGCGCGCGAGGCAGCGAAGGCGCGAGGCAGAGAAGGCGCGAGGGAGGGGGCGGUGCCUCGCCUUCCUCCUCGCCUUCCUCCUCCUCCUCCUCUUUGCCCCGCAUCAUCUCCCGCAGCCAAGAUGAGCACGGCAGGGAAAGCGCGCCGAGAGCGGGGCAGCCUGGCCGAGUACGAGACCCAGGCGAAAGAAAUGCGCUGGCAGAUGGGGGAGCAGGUACGAGGUCUUGACGCACAGGCCGAGAGUCGGCAGCAGCUGCUCCAAGAUGUGGCUGAUUUCUUGCGCCGGAAGGCUGAGGUGGAGCAGGAAUAUUCCCGAGGAUUGGAAAAGCUGUCUGAACGCUUCUCAGCUAAGAUUCGUGGCUCCAAGGAGCACCAGAACUUCAGGAAGGACCAAAAUCUUCCAUCCCCCUUGAACUGUUGGUACACAAUCCUCAACCAGACACGGCAGGCGAGUCGGGAUCAUGGCGCACUGAGUGAAAUCUACACUGGCCACUUGGCGCUUCGCUUGGUGCACAUCAGUGAAGAUGUCGGGCGACUGGCACGGAAAAGCAAAGAGAUGGAGCAGCAAAUGCAGGAUGAGCUGCUGAAGGCAAUUUCAGAACUGCAGACAGCCAUGAAAUCAUAUCAGACGUAUCGCAUCGACUGCCUAAAUGCUGAGACAAAGCUGCGGGAGGCUGAGCGUCAAGAGGAGAAGCGGAGUGGCGGGAGGCACCCCGAUCCUGGGGGCUCCCCUGGUGGGAUCGGACUUGACAAGGCACCCCGUCGCACCUCCCUCAAAAAGGUUGAGCGGCUGCUGGAAAAAAGGCAGUCGAAGUUUCUGGAGAGCAAACUCAAAUGUGCCAAAGCCAGGAAUGACUACCUGUUGAGCCUUCACUCUGCCAAUGCUGCCAUCAGCAACUACUAUGUCCGUGACGUUGCUGACCUGCUAGAUUGUUUCGACCUCGGAUUCCACCUUUCCCUGGGCAAGGUGCUGAGGACUUACCUGGCUGCAGAGUCCCGGGCCCAGGCAUCUUGGCAGCAGGGCUUGUGCACCAUUGAAGGUGCUGUUGAUGCUCUGGACCCACUAGGAGAUAAGUCCAGGCUGAUGGAGGCCAACCCUGCUGCUUACUGCCCGCCUCUGUGCUUUGACUACCAACCUCAUGAGGGAGACGAGGUUUCAGAAGUGCGGGCUGAGGGUCCCCUGAGAAAUGAACUAGUCUCGCGUUUUCAGCAUAUUCAGUCUCGUCUCAACGCCAUCACGCUGGAGACGGAUGAGGUAAACAAGACUCUGAAGGCAACUCUGCAAAGCCUGCUGGACCUAUUGUCAACAGAGGAGCCAGAAGCACUUGAUGCUUUUCAGGGCUGCCAGUCCACAGAAUCACUCAAGUCAACUGGCUCUGAUGCUGGUGGGAAGCAAGCGCUGGCGAAGCGGCGGGCCAACCAGCAGGAGACAGAGAGCUUCUACAUAAUGAAAUUUAAAGAAUAUCUCUCUGGGCGAAGCAUUCAAACAAAGCUGCAAGCAAAACAUGACCAGAUGAAGGAGGCGAUAGAGAAGGGUGCUGCAGUGGAUCGAGAGCUAGCCAGACCACAGUCCCAGCGCGUCCGGCGUUCCCGCCCUCCCUCCUGCUACCAACACAAGCUCUUCGGGGGUGACCUGCAGGCCUUUUUGGAGAGCUCGGGCCAAGCUGUCCCACUUGUGGUGGAGAGUUGCAUCCGCUUCAUCAAUCUUCACGGGCUUCAGCAUGAAGGUAUUUUUCGAGUGCCAGGGUCUCAAGCCCAGGUAGCAGAGAUCCGGAAUGCUUUUGAAAAAGGUGAAGACCCCCUAGCAGACAGCUAUACACAGCAUGACCUAGAUUCAGUAGCGGGAGUGUUGAAGUUGUAUUUUCGGGGAUUGGAGAAACCCCUCUUUCCAUGUGAUAUUGUCCCUGAGCUGCUGGCAACAGCCCAACUGGAGUCCUCGGCUGAACGCAUCUCCCACCUCCGAGCCCUCAUUUCCCAGCUCCCCUCUGCGGUUCUGGUGGUUCUGCGGUACCUCUUUGCCUUCCUCAAUCACCUCUCUCAGUACAGUGACGAGAACAUGAUGGAUCCUCAUAACUUGGCUGUGUGCUUCGGCCCUACGCUGAUGACAGUCCCUGCAGGCCAGGAUGCUGUGUCGGUGCAGCCCCACAUCAAUGAGGUUGUGAAGUGCCUGAUUGUGCACCACGAAGCCAUCUUCCCUGGACCCAGUCAGCUGCCGGGCCCACAGUAUGAGAAAGUCAUGGCUCUGGCUGAAGAGGAGUACUGUGAUGUCUUGCCACUGGAGACCACAGCAGAAGAGCCUGAGACGGAGGGGACCCCUGAAACUCCAGCUAGUGAAGAUGAGUGUGACUCCCAAUCCGAAGUUCUGUCCCGCUCUGGCUCCAUGGCUCAGCAAGAGGAGCGCUUUGUGCCACAGCAGCGAGCGGCCCCCGUUGGCUGGCGGCGAGGUGAGCGUGGUGGCAACCGGGGACUAGUGCCUCCUAUUGUCUUGCCGGACAGCCAGAAACAAUCUAGCCCCCGGAGUUCCAGGUUAGAGAUUGACACGGGAUCCUCUGUGGAUGAGCUGCUCCCUGAACCCGCCAGCAGGUUGCGGAUGAAUUCGGACGCAGGGGGUGGGGGUCGCCAGCGUGGCAGUGGUGGUGGGAGCAGCCCCAUCCGCAAGCUGGCGUCGCCCUUCAUGGAUGGGGGCCGCCUUCCCUUCCCGCUCCUGCAGCCUACUCAUGCCAGGACUUUUCACCCCACUGAAAGGCCAGACCGCUGGGGUGAAAUUUCCCCAAGGGCAUGGGGAGGCAACAACUCUGAAAAGCCGAUGGCAACCGUAGACAAAGAAGUUGCCAGGAAUAUGGAUUCUGUGUUUAAGGAACUUCUUGGGAAAACUACCUUGAAGCACUUGGGGGCAGAUGAACCCCUAAAUCACCCUGAGCCACCAGAGCCCUCAAAGAGCAUCCCUGUUGGCAAGAAGGGCAGCACCACGCCUGCCAAGCAAGCCUCUUCAAACAGGGUGCUCCUGAGGGGCAGAGGGGUCUUCAAAUCCUCGGGGAAUGGAGAAUGAGCCAGACUUGGGGCGAGGGAGGUGCCCCCAGCAUGACCUGCCCAAUACUGUGAUUAUCUUUGCCUCCCCUUCCCUCCUUUUCCGAAUACCAUCUCAGGGCAGAAGUCUCUCUCCCUGCCCAGCUGCGGAAGGAUUUGGAGGAUGGCGGGGGAAGUUGGCGAGCUGAUUUUUUGGGAAUUUUUAAUUUCCAUGCCAAAUAAUUAAGGGUGGGGGGAGGCAUUUGUGACUCGGUGUCCUCACAUGCUGGAGGUGAAUCUGAAGGUUUUAAGUGUUGUGGAUGUUGGGUGGGUGUUUGAACAUAUGACCGACUUAAGGCUUGGGGUGGGGUGUGUUUCUUUUUCUGGUCUGGCGCCCAUCCUUUUUGAUCCCCUCUCUUGCUUCAAAAUGGUUUGCACUUGGAUUUGCAUGUGAACGGGGUGAGGUGGGAAUGGCUCUUCCAGAGUUUGUUCUGUUCUGGCUGAGCUUUUGGGGCGAGGGAAUAGUGUUUUAUGGGUUAUGAUGCCAGGUGUUGGAAGGGAAGGCCCACUCUCCCUUGUACUUGUGUCUUUUUCCCUGACAUGCUUCACACAAGCCCUCACCAGCCGUACUCCCCUUCCCCAUCUCUUUUCCUCUCCAAUUAUUCAAUUAUUGCCGUGCCCUUUGGUGCUUUACACAUUUGUCUCUUGUCACACAUCCUCCCUGGUUUACCUUCGUCCAUUUUUGCACGCAUCACCUUCCUACAUUGGGGCAAUAAGUUAAGUGGGCAUAGUUAGGGUGGGAGUCCAUUUGCCAAUUCUUUUUCCCCACAUCCAAAGUCCAGUGCGUUUCCCCUCCUCCGUUGUUUUCAAAACCGCUCAGCAUUGGUCAGGGAGUGUGCGUACCCUGGGCUUACAAAUUCAGCACAGAGAAAAACUGAAUUUUGCAACCUGCACCAAAAGUGCAGAUUCACUCAGUAAAUGUAUGUGGAUUUUCUAAAUUUUCUGCUUCUGCAAGUCAGCACAAGUGGGAAAGGACUUGAGACAGAUGGUGAAAGUCUUACUCAGCCAUCCCUAUACUUUUUGAAAAAAUAUCAAGCACUGAGCUCCACUUCCAAGCAUAUCUUUGCAGCCAUAAGGGCUAGAAACUUGCGCAUUCUUUUUUAAAAAGCUGAGAUUCUCAGCCGAAUACUGUGCCUGGUGCCACAUCCUGGUUUUUUUUUUAAUUUUUCCAUGCGCCUUCAGAAUCACAGCAUACACAUAGCCCUGGUGUUAAUUGCUCUGUGGCAGAAAUGAUUCUGUACUGUGAUUUCCCCCAGUGUCUCUUUUAAUUCUCUGUCUCAUGCAAUAAACUGGAUUUGUAAACUCCACAGAGAGUGCCUGCCAGUUGGGAUUUUAUACAGAAUAAACAAGACACUGAUGGA